GUUAUGGAUAUUGUAGACAAGCUGCGAUGUACAGGUCUCAAUGGCAUUGUGGAACUACCCCAGCUUGUAGUAUGCGGUGACCAGUCAUCCGGUAAAAGCGCUGUACUUAAGGCUAUCACCGAGAUUCCGUUUCUUCGCAAGGAAAACCUGUGCGCGAGAUUCGUAACUGAAGUG